AGCUAAGAUCUCUCUUGCCAGGCUUGACAGUGUAUGUAUGGAAUCUUGUGUAUUUUCUUGCCCAGACGAGUAACAGCCUUUUUUCAGUGACUGGAUACGUUUCUUCUAACAGUGCCUCCAAUGAACUCUUGGAAAAUUUUGGAUGCUGAUAAUUUUAAGAACAUUUUCUCCACUCAUAGAAAACUGACAUUUGAAACUAGAAUGGGUGGCAGUUAUAAAGAGGAUUUGUGCUUCUGAAAAUACUGUGUCUGUUUGACCUGGUAGUUUUUUUACUGCAGAGGGACUGGUCUGCUUUAAUGCAGACCUGAUUAGACUCUUUGUUAGAUCAUUAUUGUGUUUGUAGUCUGUUUGGCCAGCUCCAGUGUGCUGAGCCCUGCCUCGCCAUUGCACAUGCAAGAAUUUCUAGAUAAGAGCCAUAUGGUCCAAACUGAUUAAACCGAGAUCUGGUAAUCCUGCCUUCGUCGGUGGCUGACAAGACACCUGGCCUUGGUUCCAAAGUUCUCAGACACCUCAGGAGCCUACAGUUGGCACCUUGUGUUGAUCUGAAGAUCAGCUCAGAAGACCUCCCCUGCCUCAGAAUGGGACCCUGGCUCCUACCCGGUCUCCUGUGAGCCAGCCAGUGACAGCUUUCUGUGGGGAUGCCUGGAAACCAGCAGAAACCGGAGUCUUUGGAGAUGGACCCUGACUUGUCACCAAGCUGCAGGCUCAGUGACUUGAGCAGAGGGGGCAGUCUGGAGAGCCGGAGCAGCAGCUCUCGGUCCAGAAGCUUCACUUUGGAUGAUGAGAGCCUGAAGCACCUCACACACGAGGAGAAGGAUGUCAUCCUGUUCUUUGAAGAGACUCUCGAUUCCCUGGAAUAUGACUUUGAUGAGCCAGCCCUGUGUGACAGUGGCAUUCAUUGCCAGUCUCCACAGUCUCUGGAAGAGAGCCCUUCCAGUCACUCAGAACCUGAAGAUGUCAUCGAUUUAGUCCAACCAGGCCCCGAGAGCCUUCCAGAUGGGGCUCAUGUAGCAGGGGCCACAUCUGUUACAAAACAGGACACUCCUGUUCCUGAAGGUGGGAAACUAGCCGCUGAGAAUUCCCUGCCACCACCAGACUCCAGGGAUCCUGAGGUGUUUCCUCUGCCACCCUCUCCGCCUGUCUCUGCGCCCUCUGCCCCCCGAAAGGAGCUGAUAUCCCCCUCUCCUCCGGUAGAGCAUCCCAAACUGUCCCGCUCCGUGCCCACUCCUCUGGUGAUUGCUCAGAAAAUUUCUGAGAAGUUGGCAGGAAACGAAGCUCUGUCUCCCACGUCCCCGUCAAAGGAGGGCAGGCCUGGGGAAUGGAGAAUGCCGCCGACUUCAAUAGCCUCUCGAAAUGGGGACCAGGUGGGAGUGUGGCACCGACACAUGGCCCAGCCGGCGCCCAAGGUCCACCGCUUCCCCAGCAACAUAAGCGUGACCAACAGCGCAGGCAAGGACUUCAACAAGACUAUCUCCAAGGCGGCUGUAAACGUGCAGGAGCGGAAGGCCCAGGUCCUGGCCAACAUCAACGGCAUGUCCUUCAUCGCGGUGGGCGACACGUCAUCCGAAGAGCGGUGGCAGAAGGCUGAGGAGCAGAGGGGCGGCUCUGCGGACGGGGGGCGCGCCCAGAGCAGGGUGGGCAUGGCCGGGGGACCCGGGGGGUCGCGUCCUGGAGGCCCAACUAGGGCGCAGCAGUCCCGGGCCGUGCAGACGGAGCAGCAGCCGGCGCUAGUCAAUGGCUUCCAGAGCGUGCAUGAGGCUCUGCGCAGCGAGCCCAGCACCUUCGUCCCCACCAGCAAGACCAUCACCUUCCGUCCAGACCCUGCUGUAGCGGGCAAGCUGGCGCGCCAGAACGCCAGCCGCAGCCUGUACGAGCCUCGCCUGGACGGCUCCCAGGACGCCCGCAAGCGCACAGGCUCGCUCCCCCGGGCUGUGGGCUUCCGGCCACAGGGCAUCACAGUGCAGUUCUCAGGCCGUGGCUCCACAGAAGAAGCACGACGUGAGGCCCUGCGCAAGCUCGGGCUGCUGAAGGAGAACUUGUGACGGCCACAGUGGGACUGCCGCAGUGGCUGGGUAGACCCUGUAUCCCCCGCACUGGGUGUUCUAUUCAGGAACCGGGUGGCACAAAGUGCUGCAUGUUCGGAGAAAAUGCCUUUGCCCCAACCCUGUAUCCAGUGCAGCGUGGAGCCAGAGGCCAGUAGGGCAAGGACCAGACCCCCGGAGCUGUCCUCGUCCUUUCCUGGGGUCAUGGGAUAACCUUUAGGACCCGUGGGCUCCCAUAGCUACAGAUGACCUAUGACUUACAUAUGUCAGGACGGCCUUGGCUUGACUUGGUCCAGGAUCUCUGAUCUGAAUCUUUAAUCCCGCGCAGGACUUGAAAGCCAGUGUAGUUCUCUGAUGCUCAGGAUUCCCCCUCCUCGAAAAUUAAAAAGAAAUGCUUGUUAAAUUGUAUAGUGUCAAUAUACACUUUGAAGUCUAGCUGUUUGUGUGUUGUAUGUUUUUGAAGAGUAGAAGAAGGUACUUUACCAAUCUGGAUUUAUUUCUUGGCAUAAUUUGGUUUGCCCCAUUUUCUUAACUGAAACUCUUAAUGAACCCUUUAGAGUAAGAUUUACUGUAAUUUUGAAUUGUAAGAACAAACAGGAUGUCAAGUUUGGAAAAGGUGGUAAUUAUGAAAAAGCAAGUCUCAUGCGACCCUGGGAUGUGUGUGAGUCUGUUGUGUAUAAAUGUGUGUGCCUAUGCUAACACACAUGAGUAUUGUGUGUCUGUGUAUGCACAUUUCUUAGGACAUAAGGAUCUCCUUCCGAAGACACCGUUAUUUAACUACAGGAUAUGAGCACUUCCUUUUCUCUCGCAGACACCUCGGCAUUGUGGUGAGCACUCGAAGUCUUCCUAUUAUGGAAGUUGGCUAGGGACACAUGAACCCAAGUCCCUUUUCCUCAACAGUAUGUUCUGUUCCCAAUUAAAGUAGUAUUUCCUGCUUUCAAAUAAGCAAGAUAGUUCCUAUUUUUACUUAAGAACAUUUUUUUUUCAUUUAAAGAAAAAUUAAAAUCUUCUUUGUCACCUCACUAGUGUUGUGUUGCAAGGUAGUAGACGGAAGGAAACGAUCUGAUUGGUUAUGCUCCACGAACACCAUCUCGGGACUCACCCGAAGGAAAAAACUGAACUCAGUUAUGCAGCAUGAAGAGUUUUCUUUUCUCCCAGACUUUUUGUUUUACAGAGUUGUGGCCACAAGUGUUAUUAUCAAAACUAUUUAAGGCUGGAGUCUCAAACCUCUAAAAAUAGAUGAGGAAAGACUGGCCUGGGAGCCACACCCGCAGGUCCUCAGCAGCACUGUGACAGAGCCCUGUUUCCUCUCCAGCUGAGCGUGACUGAGACUCCGAGCUGUUGAAGGCCAUUUUCACGGUACCCUGCUCCCCUUGUAAGUUCCAUAAAAUGAUGAUUAGGUUUUAUCUCUUCAGAACCAUGGUCUAGCAACUCACCCGGCUCUUUCUUCUUCUGAAGUCUUUGCAAACAUUUUUUAAAUCCUAUUUAAAUAAGGGCUUUAAACUUUUAAAAGUACCUUUAAUUUUGCUCCUGCUUAUGAUGGAUUUUUUUUUUUUGACAGGAGCCCAGAGGUUUCCCUUUGACAAAGUCAGAUGCCACACACAGUGUUUAAUAAUUGACAAUCUCAAUACAGCUGUUACAGAUAUCCUUCGUAGAGGAUUUUCCUGUCACUUUAUUGCGAAUAGACUGAGUUUGACUGUAGAUUAAUAUAUUCUUGUAAUGACAUUUUUGAAAAACAAAUUUUAUCUUACCUAUAAACAACUGUGUUAUAUUAUGCACGAUAUUACUUCCUUUUAAAGGGUUAUAUCUUUUUCUUCUAUUCAUGUUUUCUUUCUAUUUAAUCCGUGAUUAUAUUGACUGUUACUUUGUUUCUUGUGUCCAAUGCCCUAAUGAUUAAAGCCCUAUUUUUGUGAA